UCCCUUUGGACACUCCCUCAAAUUAUAUGAUGUCGGACACACUUGGUUUUCCACUCACUCUCAAUAUCAUAAUUAUAUCUAUUAUUAUAAAUUUAUAUUUAUAAUUAUCAAAACCAAUGCACUUUUGCACAACUCCAACUCCACCAUGGAUUCUCUUUUCCUCUACUUUCAUCUGCUCCUUUUCCGGCCUUUUCUCCGGCCGUCCACCACCAUUGCCUCGUCUCAUCAUCUCUGCUGUCAAGACCGUAGAGAAACCCAAAACCCAAAACCAACCUCAACCUCAGACCCAACCAAAACAAUCAGAUAGGAAAGAAACAAGCAUAACUACCACCAAGACCAGCAAACAACCUCCACCACCAUCCCCUUCACUGGCAGCCACCUUCUGCAACGCUUUAGAUGAUAUCAUAAACAACUUCAUUGACCCACCUCUCCUUCGACCCUCCGUCGACCCCCGGAACGUCCUCUUCGACAACUUCGCCCCCGUCUCCGAGCUCCCCCCGUCCCCAUGCCCCAUCAUUCACGGCCGUAUACCACCUUGUCUCGCCGGCGGCGUCUACAUCCGCAACGGCCCCAACCCUCAAUAUCUCCCUCGCGGUCCUCACCAUCUCUUCGACGGCGACGGCAUGCUCCACUCCCUCCUCCUCCCCUCCUCCUCCUCCUCCUCCUCUUCACCACCUCUUCUCUCCUCCCGCUUUGUCCGCACCUACAAGUAUCUCACCGAGCUCCAAGCCGGCUCUCCCGUCCUUCCCAACGUCUUCUCCGGCUUCCACGGCUAUGCCGGUGUUGCGCGCGGUGCCGUCACUGCCGCCAGCUUCCUCACUGGUCAAAUGAGCGUGACUCAGGGAACUGGCUUAGCUAACACCAGUCUAAGCUUCUUCGCCGGCCGUCUCUACGCUCUCGGUGAGUCAGACCUCCCUUACUCCCUCCACCUUUCCACCACUGAUGGCGACAUCUCCACUCUCGGCCGUGAAGACUUCUCCGGCAAACUCUUCAUGGGCAUGACCGCUCAUCCCAAGAAAGAUCCUACCACCGGCGAGCUCUUCGCCUUCCGUUACGGCCCCAUCCCUCCAUUCCUCACCUACUUCCGGUUCGACAAGGACGGCAACAAGCUCGCCGACGUUCCCAUCUUCUCCGUUCGUGAGCCGUCCUUCCUCCACGACUUCGCCAUCACCGAGAACUACGCUAUAUUCCCUGACAUCCAAAUAGUAAUGAAACCCAUGGACAUGUUGCUACGAGGAGGAGCUCCGGUCGGCUCCAACCGUGCUAAAGUCCCACGUCUUGGUCUCCUCCCGAGAUACUCAACGUCGGACUCCGACAUGCGGUGGUUCGAGGUUCCCGGCUUCAACAUAAUACACGCGCUGAACGCUUGGGAGGAGGACGACGGCGACACGGUGGUGCUAGUAGCUGCUAACGUGCUUUCCAUCGAGCACGCUCUCGAUCGCAUGGACCUCGUCCACACCUGCGUCGAGCUUGUGCGCAUCGACCUGAGAACCGGGGACGUCUCCCGGAAGCCACUGGCCGUCGACAACCUCGAAUUCGGUGUCAUCCACCCUGGCUAUAUCGGCAAGAAGAACCGCUAUGGUUACCUCGGCAUCGGCCACCCCAUGCCUAAGAUCUCAGGGGUCGUCAAACUAGACUUCUCCCUCGCCGGCACCGGAGACUGCGUGGUGGCCAAGAGGGAGUUCGGCCAGGGUUGUUACGGUGGCGAGCCGUUCUUCGUGCCGGAGCACGAGGCCGAGGAAGGAGAAGAGGAUGAUGGGUAUUUGGUCUCGUAUGUGCACAAUGAGAUCAGUGGGGAGUCGAGCUUCUUGGUGAUGGAUGCCCGGUCGCCGGAGCUGGAGAUCGUGGCGGAGGUGCAGCUCCCUGUCCGUGUUCCUUAUGGCUUUCAUGGCCUCUUCGUCACCGCCGGCGAGCUCCGCUCGCAGCAUCCCCCUCAAAAAUACACAUGAAUAAGUAAAUAAAUAAAUAUUAUUAUUUUUAAAAUACAAAAUUGUCACAUUCACGGAUAGGCUACUUAAUUAUUACUUAUUAGGACACUUUUUCAAAAUCAUGUUGAUUGCUUUUAUUGGUUA